AUGCUGGUAUCUAACGCCAUUGUUGAAUUUAUUGGUUUUGCUGGCCGAGCCGCAUCGGGGGCACAAAAAGCAGGCUGUUGGACACUGGGACCAUACAUCACUCAAAGCAUGUUCAUUUUGAUUGCACCGGCAUUAUUCGCAGCGUCCAUCUAUAUGAUACUCGGCCGAAUCAUUAUACUUGUUGGCGGGCAAGAGCACUCGAUUAUUCGACCACAAUGGCUCACCAAAAUAUUCGUUAUUGGAGACGUCGUUUGCUUCUUUCUUCUUGCUGGAGGCAGCGGUAUCUUAGCUUCGAGCAAAAACAACCCGUCCUCCUCAGAUGCCGGUAACAAUGUCAUCAUUGGCGGCCUUGUUCUCCAACUCCUUUGGUUCGCCAUUUUUGUCACUGUCGCGGCUGUUUUCCACCGCCGAUUAAAUUCAGUUCCGACUAGUCGCUCGCAACAACCAGACUGCCGCUGGCGAAAAUACCUCCAAACACUAUACAUUGCCGGUUGCUUAAUCAUCAUUCGAAACUUGUUCCGUGUAAUUGAAUAUGCUCAAGGGAAUGACGGGUACCUACUUACGAAGGAAGCCUUUAUUUAUGUUUUUGAUGCACUGCCAAUGUUGGCUGUCGUGACUUGGCUUCACUGGAUGCAUCCUGGAGAAAUUGGUUUAUUGCUUCGUGGUGAAGAUACAUUCAAGAAUGGACUUGAAUUGAUUCACCAUCGCCCCAAGAACUAG